CUUUUGGCCUUCCCCGUUUGUUGGGAAGGAGCACAUAGAGGACAGGCAACAGCCAAUAAAUUCAAGCAACAAGUUGAAGUCCUUUGGACUUCAUGGCUUUUCCAUCCGCUGUGGUCUAAAGGCGCAAGAGGAGAGAUCUUUUAGCUUUGCGAUUGGUGCUGGUUGACCCAAAGCCUGCACUGGGACAAUAUUGUUAAAGUUAUACCGUUAUACAGUAAUUGAAAACGUAUGUUCGCUGGCUCUCGAGGUGCAAGAUUUCAUCAACCGGAUGUGGGUUGCCUGGGUUGUUGAUGUGGGUUGCGCUCUGAAGGCUUUAAGAGCUCGAUUCCAGCAUUUUCCCGGCUGGUCACCGACAUGAAGGGCAUUGAAUUGAGAGAGACCAGUCCAUCCAUGUCCAUGUCGACCGCGACAUCCGUGUGACCACACGAGGUCCAGGAGAUGCAGCUUGGUGCGAGGGCCACCAGGCACCGGUAAGACGCACGUGGCAGCGGCGGCAGCGAUGGCGGCGGCCGAGAACUUGCCCGAGGACCGGGUGCUGUGCGUGACACAAAGCCAUGCAGCAGCGAUGAACCUCCACAAGCGCCUCGAGUUCUUCGGCGUGCCGGCGGCGCGGGUGGGCACGACGCUGACGCCCAAGGAGAUCGUGGAGCAGAAGAUCUUCCAAGAUGUGAAGGAGCGUUGGGGCGCCGACGAGGAUGAGGUGGUCUUCAUGGAAGAUGCGAGCCAGGUGCCGGACUACACAGGCAUGGAACGAAGCAAAGACUUGCAGAAGAGCCAGUUCACGGUGAUGCGGCGCAUGGUGAUGAUCAGCAAAGUAGCCGUGCUGACUUUGGCCAGCUCCGGGAAUCAGGGAUUGUGUGGCAUGGGCGGCUUUGAAGCACUGGUCAUCGAUGAGGCAGCACAGGUGGUGGAACCAGGACCCUGGAUCCCUUUAGCUUGGGGUCCCAAGCGGAUGAUCUUGGUGGGUGAUGAGAAGCAGUUGCCUGCCACCGUCCUCCACCCGCGUGCUCGCGAUGAGGGUUUGGGCAUCUCACUGUUCGAGCGCUUUGUGAAGGAUAACAUUGUCUCACAUGGCAAUGGCUUCGUUCAGUUGGAUGAGCAGCAGCGGAUGCAUCCCAGCAUCGCCGAGUUCCCGUCGAGGUGUUUCUACGAUGGCACUUUGACCAACGGGCCCGCCACAGCGACACAUCGUCCGAAGAUCCCCGGGUUCCCAUGGCCGAGCGAAGAGGUUCAGGUGGCCUUCGUGGAAUGUGGCGCUUUGAAGGGCCAGGAGGGUGGUCGUAGCCAUGAGAAUCCCGAGGAGGCGGAAGCGCUGAUCAUGGUCUUGGAGCAUUGUUUGCGGCAAGGGCUCAAGCCAUCCCAGGUGGGCAUCAUCACCGGCUAUUCCGCGCAGCAGGAGUUGCUGCGGCGCUUGUGGUCCCAGCUGGCGCCACGGCUGAAUCUUCAAGCCAAGGAGCUUCGUGUGGACACGGUGGAUGGCUUUCAGGGCGCAGAGCGAGACUUGAUCCUGGCCUCCACAGUGCGCUCCUUCUUCGAGGUUGGUUUCAUGAGAGAUCCCCGUCGCGUCAACGUGAUGCUCACGCGUGCCCGGCGUGGGCUCAUUGUCUUCGGGAACGCCCCGACGCUCCACACCGAGAUGAAUACGUGGAAGCCUUGGAUCGAGUGGAUGGAGACCAGGAGGGUCGGUGUGCCGCUGGAGACCCUGAAGGAGCAGCUGGACGAGCAGCUGAGACAUCAGGACCAGUGGGAGACUUACGUCGAUCCAGACUCGGACAGGAAAUGGCAGUACAAUAAGGUCACUGAAGAUUGCAGGUGGAUCGACUGAGACGACUAGGGCCGACGCAUGAGACGACUCGGCACGACUCGGGCCGCAGCACGGCUCCCGCCGUUUCCGGGCUCGGUCCGAUCUGGGCGAGCGGACCGGUGGUGACCGGUGACCGCGGCGGCGGGGGGAGCUGUCUUGGUGGAGUCAGGUGGAGCUUCGACCUGUUCCUGGAAGACUCGGCUCCAAGCCGUGAAUUUCACGGCCAUCAUGCGGCCGUGCACACGACGCAAGCGAGUGCAACCUUGGGGAAGGUUGCAACGGGCCUGGUGGAACCAUCCCACCAACUUGACUUGUGGCGGAAGGACGUGGGACAAAGCAAAUUACUUGAUUUAAUUUAUUAUGUUUUGUGUGUGUUUUUUGUUUGUUUGUUUUGUUUUUACAUGAUACAAG